AUGCCUUAUGCUGAGCUGGUCAAUUGCUGGGCUGUUAACAUGCACAUCGGUUCCUCGUGGACCGUUAACCUCGCCAACCUGCGAGGCGAAUACAUUGCUGGCGAAUUCCGCACAAAGGGUGCCCCUAUUUACGGCGGCCCUACCGUUGACGCUCUGGGCCGUGUCGCCACUGGGAGGACUUUUCCAACGAUUCAAAGGGCUUCAUGGUUUACUCAAGGAAAGAGCUCGGCUUUCAAGGCUUCGUUCUUACAGAUUGUAACGGGAGCCUGUUCUGCGAUUGCUUGGUCGACAUGGCGACUCGCAUCCUCGGUCCUUGGUACCAAAUGGGCCAAGACAAGGGCUAUCCACCCCCAGGUAUUGGACCUGACCAAGGACUGGUCUAAACCACGCAAGAAGGUCAACACUCGCGAUUCUGUUGCCAAAAGCACGCUGCUCGUAUCAACCCCGCUUUAUGGACGUGCCAGAUUCGUCAAUCAAGGACAGUUGGGAGUAAUAAACGGUCCAUGGGGCAACGAAGCCGAAUCUACAAAUAGCACUCUGGUGAACGACAAUGUUGCCGGCGACGCUUACUAUAGCUCCCUCAUCGCCAUCAACGGCACCAUCAUUCGGGGCGGGGGCUCUGGCACCAACUCGCCGGCCUAUAUUAACUUCCCCUUUAUUGCUUUGGACCGGCGUGCUUAUGAUGGUGACUUCUCUCUCUUCUGGGACUUUGAGUCAACGAACCCCGAGGUCAAUUCAAACAGCGACGCCUGCGUGGUCUUCAUUAAUGCCUACCCGAACAGGGAGGUGUCGAGACUGAUUUUUUCACUUGCUCUAGAUGACCACUCGGACACCCUGGUACAGAAUGUUGCCAAGAAGUGCAACUGCACCAUCGUGGUCAUGCCUAAUACAUGUAGUCCAGAUGGUGCUUUAAAUAACUAG